AUGCCUAAUCAGCAGUCAAGCAUACAGCCAGAUGAUAUCAUUAGUAAAGUGCGUUCUGGAUCAGAAAUAUCUAAUUAUCAUAUCGAAGUACCAGAUGAUGAUAAUGAAGAGGAUGUGGUGAUCCUUAGAGAAAGUCAUCAUAUUGCAUCAAAGCGACAGAGAGUCGAAGCACAUGAGACACUAGAACCUGGAGUGGAAGUUGUUGAGCCGAUGGAAAGUGGUGAUGUACAGACCACACGCGAGGGCGAGGCUAAUAAUGCUGUUGACACAACAGUAUUGCCUCUGGAAAACCCUAAAAAAAGGGAUGUCUCAUUGGUGGAACGUUUUACAGAAGAAGAAAUAGAAAUGCAUAUAAAGAGUCUCCACGAGGGAAGUGUUGAGCUCAAGGAUACUGAAACAUGUCAAUUGUGUGGCGACGGUCUACUCCUGUUUCCAGCACCACCACUCUACUGCUCGCUUUGCCCCAAACGCAUCGAAUACGAAGCUUCGUAUUACACCCCCCAGGAAACAAUAAACGGUGCGCAACAUCAAAUCUGUAAUCCAUGUUAUCGCAAAAAACGCAAGUUUACGUUAUCUGGAGUCACUAUCACAAAAGCCAAUUUGCUUAAACAUAAUAAUGACGCUAACAAUCAAGACAUAGAAGAGUGGGUUUGUUGUGAAACUUGCGAGAAAUGGCAGCAUCAGAUAUGUGGUCUUUACAAUCGUGAUAAAGACAUUGACAAAACCUCAGACUACAUUUGUCCUCAUUGCUUGUUAAAGGAGCGUAAGAGUAACAACAACAUGGGAUCAGUUCAUGAAAAUACGGACUUGGGGGCGAAAGAUUUGCCUGAAACCAUCCUAAGCGACUUUAUAGAGAAAAGGCUAAAGAGGCGGCUCAAAGAAGAAAGACACCAAACCGCAACUGCUACUGGAAAGAGCACUGAUGAUGUAUCAGUUCUAGAUGAUCUUACUCUCAGGGUCGUGUUCUCAGCUGACAAAAUCUCGCACGUCAACAAAACAUUUGUGGAUUUUCUUCACGACAAAGACUAUCCUAGUGAAUUCCCUUACAGAUCCAAGGUGAUUCUCCUGUUUCAGAAAGUUGAUGGAGUUGAUGUAUGCAUAUUUGCGUUGUUUGUCCAAGAGUUUGGAUCGGAAUGUAGCAAACCAAACAAACGCAGCGUAUACUUUAGACCCGAGAGAGUAACCUUCUCAGGAGAAGCUCUUCAAACUUUCGUUUAUCAUGAAAUAUUGAUUGGAUAUCUUGAGUACUGUAAGUUUCGAGGUUUCAUAACGGGUUAUAUAUGGGUGUGUCCACCUCCAGAAGGAGAAGACUUCGUUAUGUACUCUCAUCCUAAGACUCAGCAAACCCCCAAUCAUGAGAAUCUCCGUGAAUGGUAUAAGUCAAUGCUGGAUAAAGCCAAGAAGCAGAAGGUUGUGACGAAUGUUACAAACUUGUAUGAUCGGUUCUUCGUUUCGACAUGCAAUAAUAGUACAGCUGCACUGUUGCCUUACUUUGAAGGAUCUUUCUGGUCCGAUAAAGCUGAGAUUCUGAGUCAAGAAAUCGAGGAAAAUGGCAAUGAAAUUAUGGACGCUGAUGUUAAAAACAUUUGGCUGAUGCAAGAGCUUGGAGACCUGAUAUCAAACAAAAGAGAGAAUCUCAUCGUGGUGGAUUUGAAUUAUACAUGCACACGCUGCUCGAAGGCCAUAUUGUCUGGAUUGAGAUGGUUUUGCAGGAAGUGCGAGAAUCUUCAAUUGUGUCAAAGAUGUCAUGAUCAAGAAGAAGAACGUCCUGGGGAACACACAUAUACUAUGGAUGGGGAAGAGAAGCACUCGCUGUCAAAGGUCAAUAUGAACGUACAGCCUACAACAGAGGAUAAUGAUGUCAUCCUAGGAAACAACAAUACGUUCCAAACCAGACAAAUGUUCUUAAGUUUCUCUGAGAAGCAUAACUACAGCUUUGACACACUUCGACGCACCAAAUAUUCCUCUAUGAUGAUACUCCACCAUCUUCACGCUUCAAACGAACUUCACCACUCUCAGAUAUCCACUGGUGGUCUCCUUAAAGUGACUUGCAUGGGCUGCCAAAAGGAUGUUUCCAGAACGAUAUACUACACAUGUUUGGUCUCUUCAUGUAAUUAUCGAGCUUGCACUUCAUGCAAUAACAGCAACAACGUCCUUCCUCGGAUUCAUCUCUUUCCUGUAGUCCCUUCUAUUCAUGGAAUACCGCCUAUACCUAUAGGGGCUUUUGAGAUACUGGAAGCUUUGUUACAUGCACAUGCAUGCAAACAUACGAGCACUGGUUCUUGCUCGUACCCUAGAUGCAGUGAUGUCAAAACGUUAUUCAAUCAUAGUGAAGUGUGCGAAAAGCAGCGAGGAGCUUGUAACACUUGCACUAAUUUUAGGAUGAGGUAUGAAGGAGCAGUUCAAUAUGAGAGUUCUCAUGGUGUUGUUGUCUUUUCAGUUAAGGAUCUUGUUACUCUUCAAUAG